CACCUGGCUGGGAACUUAAAGUCACCUACACAAGGGUCAUUACUACUAUUAUUGUUAUUAUUAUUGUUGUUUCCGCGAUUUUGGCACGGAGGGUGCGGCCGGCGCCGCCUCAGCGCGGGCGGAGCGGCGGCCCAAGAUGGCGGGGCACCGCCCCGGCCCUCCCCGCGCGGCCGGCCCGCCCUCCGUCCCGGCAGCAGCCGCGGCCGCAGCCAUGGCGUCGGGGUGUCGGAUCGGUCCCUCCAUCCUCAACAGCGACCUGGCGGCGCUGGGCGCCGAGUGCAGCCGCAUGCUGGACUGCGGGGCCGACUACCUGCACCUGGAUGUAAUGGACGGACACUUCGUCCCGAACAUCACCUUCGGCCACCCCGUCGUGGAGAGCCUGCGCAAGCGGCUGGGCCAGGAGCCGUUCUUCGACAUGCACAUGAUGGUGGCCGCGCCAGAGCAGUGGGUGAAGCCCAUGGCCGUGGCUGGUGCGAACCAGUACACCUUCCAUCUAGAGGCGACGGACAACCCCGGGGCGCUGAUAAAGGACAUUCGGGAGAACGGGAUGAAGGUUGGCUUGGCCAUCAAGCCUGGUACUACAGUUGAACACUUGGCACCUUGGGCCAAUCAGAUAGACAUGGCUUUGGUGAUGACGGUAGAACCUGGGUUCGGAGGACAGAAAUUUAUGGAAGACAUGAUGCCAAAGGUUCAGUGGCUCAGGACACAGUUUCCCUCCCUGGAUAUAGAAGUGGAUGGAGGAGUGGGGCCUGACACCAUCCAUAAGUGUGCAGAGGUGCCAAUAUGAUUGUGUCUGGCAGUGCUAUCAUGAAGAGCGCAGACCCCAGGUCUGUGAUCAACCUGCUCAGGAACGUGUGCUCAGAAGCAGCCCAGAAGCGCAGCCUGGAUCGAUGAGACCUGCCCAAGCCCUGUUCCAGAGGCUCUGGCCAACACCAACUACAGAAACUUCUUGCUGCUGAACAGAGGAAGCAUUCCUUCACUGCAAUGAAGCAAGCAGCAGUGGGAAACAUCCUGGCUGUCUUUCAGGGUUGGAAAUCAAAUGGUUUGAACCUGUCUCUUUGAUUUUGUGGAGGCUAAUUUUGUGGCACAACCUCUUAUGCUGGCUGGAUUGAAUUACAGUCAGUUUGUUGCUUGCUAGAAGAGUGUAGCAUCACCACAAGAAUCUCUCUUGUGGAAGACUCUUAAUCAAACUGCCUUCUGCUGUCUGUAUUUUGUCAUUUGAUCUGUGCAUUCCUACAAAACUUUUUCCACUACUGCAUUAAACACCCCUUCCUUGGUGUGUUAAGUUCUUGAAGCUGACUGUCAUAAAUAAGUGGGUUCAGGAGUAAGUUUAGGGAAAAGGCAGCUUAAGAGGGCUAAAAAAAUCCCACUGAUGGUAGAAAUGUUCCUGUCCUUUGCCUCUGUUGCACUGGAAGUACUUUUCCUACAGAAAUCCAGCAUCAGAUAAGUCAGUGCAGCAUCUUUAGCAGAUCACAGAAGUGGGGAAUAUCUCCUCACUUACCUUUCAAAUAGCCAGUUAAGACAGCUGUGUCUGAAAUUCCUGGAACUGAUGGAAUUCCUUAGAAGAAUGUGCAGCAAGAAAAAAGUUUUUACUCGUCUGAGGAGUAUUAAAGCAACAAUCUCUGUGGUUUG